AGCAGACUACGCUUGCCAUAUGUAUUCUUUCAAAUACUCAGUCCACACCUACACACACACAUCAAUCCUCACAACAGCAUUAAUCCCUCAUCGCAUUCAAAUCGGUGAAGACAAAAGGAGCGGAAUGCGCCCGGGGCGGUUUAUUCGCACGACUGCAGAGGGGCUGAGUUAAACUCUACCAGAUUCCCACAGGAUACUCCUACCGAUGGUGAUUUACAGCUCUGUUACACGGCUAAAUCCUCAAUUUUCAACGGAAACAUCCACCAUAUUAAUGAAACUAGUGUGGGGAUACUCUGAACAAACAGGUUACAUCUGCAAUACUGAUAGAUCUUUUCCCAGACAGAUGCUGAGUGUUUGGACCCUCCUUUCAACUGCUAUUUGUGCAGUGUCAGUCUCUGCAAUACCUCAGAGGCUUGUAUUCCAUGGCCACCAGUUGACUCUGGAUCUUCCUGAGAGGACACAGAGGUUGGAGUUUGUUAGUGCUGAUGAGAGUGAACAAUUUACUAUCUGGGAUCACAAAACCAUUUCUUUCCGGCCAAGUAACCCCAGCAAAGGCCACGUGAGCAGCGUCGGUAAGGGCUGGACAUUCAGAAUCCAACGUGUUACGUUUGACGAUGAGGGAAGCUACACCCUGCUCAAUCACUUUGGUUCAACCAUCAGCAGUUAUAUAGUGAAGGUCAAGACCAACAGAGAAGUCAUUGAUCGUAUCGCAGGUGAAACUCUGACCAUAUCUCUGGCAGGACUCAAGCAGAGUGAUGCCAUACUUCACUUUUACAGUAAUAAUUCAUCUCUCCUCCUGGUGGAGAAUGGAGUUCCUGUGGGACGGAACCACCCAGACUACAUCAGCCGGCUUAAAGUGACCAGUGAAAAGAUUCAGAUUCUCAAUGUAAAUACAUCAGAUAUAGGCAGAUACAGGCUCACCGAUCAUAAAGGAAGACUCGUCUCAAACAAUACAAUGAUACUAGUGGAUCAUCAUGAGUCUGCCGCCAAUAAAGGUCUUAUAGCUCUGCUGCUGCUCGGCAUUCCUGGUGGAAUCUGCUUCUGCUGCAGAAAGAGAAUCUGCAAAAAGUGCCGGUCCACUAAAUCAGACACAAACACAGGGCAGCCCAACACCGUACCAGUGUCUAUACCUUGCAGCAACACUAUGUCUGAUCCUGUAGGUCCUGGAGACACUGGCCAGGGCUACAUCGCUGGUUAUCUGCCUCAUCCAGAUCAAGGUCAGAUUCACUAUCCUUAUCCACCAGAGUCGAGCGGACAACCUGCUGUUCCUCCCAACCCUGGCUUUUAUCCUGAGUAUCAAAACCCUGUCUAUCCUCCUGCCUUUGGACCUGGACAUCCCCCUGCUCAGCCGCCCCAGUGGAAUGCCCCUCCAACCCACUACAACCCAUCUGCACCUGUGAACUAUACACCAGUAAUGAGCAGUGCUCCUCCUGGGCCUGAACCCAGCAUGUCGAAUAUGAAUGAAUUGCCGCCAACUGCACCACUGCUCACACCUCAGCCUGAGUCUCAACCAUCUGAUAGGACCAGAAUUUCUAUGGAUAUCCUUAACUCCAGUGACUCUGGUGUCAAGUUUGACGUGAACAAAGGAAAGUCUUCUGGCAGCAACUUCCUGUAGUUACUCCAAAAUUCUGAAUUAUCCCUGCAAGGGAUGUAGAAACAAACACGUGUUUGUUAGAUUCAUACAAAAUUUUGGCCUUA